AUGGGGACGGAAUUACCUCUGCCUGAGACUAGAGUACUGGCCGUGGCCAGCCAUGUGGUCUCUGGAUACGUGGGAAACAAGAUUGCCGUAUUUGUCAUGCAAUCAUUAGGAUGCGAUGUUGCGGCCCUCAACACUGUUCAUUUCAGCAACCACACAGGAUACAAGCAGUUCAAGGGAACCAAGGUGACAGCCCAGGAAAUCUCGGAACUAUACCAGGGUCUCAAGCAGUCGUACCUCGACGACUUCGACAUGAUGCUGUCCGGAUACAUUCCCGGAGCCGAGGCCGUGGGAGCCGUGGGGGCCAUCGCCAAGGAUCUCAAGGCUAGGGCUGAGAAGUCUCCCGGCAGCUUCUUCUGGGUUCUUGAUCCUGUCAUGGGCGACAACGGGAGGGUGUAUGUUGCGCCGGAUGUGGUACCGGCUUACAGGUCUCUCGUUCCUUAUGCAGAUCUGAUUCUGCCAAACCAGUUUGAGGCCGAACUACUAUCCGACGUCAAGAUAACCGACAUGGCGUCCCUCACAGAGGCCAUCCAGGUCCUACACGAUAAGUACAAGGUACCCCACGUAGUCAUCACGUCGGUCAACCUCCCUGCAGCGGACCAGCCAGAGGCGCACCUAUCUGUGGUGGGGUCGACCAUGACUUCGACGGGCCGUGCGCGCCUCUUCAAGAUUGUGUUCCCCUCGAUCGACUGCUACUUCUGCGGCACGGGCGAUAUGUUCGGCGCCCUCAUGGUGGUGCGCAUGCGCGAGGCCGUCAGCGCUGUGCCCGGACUCAGCUCCCGGCCCAACUGGGUCAGCCCGGACGACGUAGGCGCGGUGGAUCUCCCCGCCGCCAAGGCGGCCGAGAAGGUUCUCGCCAGUAUGCAUGAGCUACUAGAGCGGACCAGCCAGGGUAUCAAGGCUGUUGUUGAGCGGACCAAGAGCAAGAUGGGGGAGGCGUCUGUACCGGCGGGGGAGGAGGAGCUUGCAAAGAGGGAGCAGCUGCUCAACAGUAAGGGGGCUGAACUGCAGCUCGUGAGGAAUCAGGUCUGUCUGAGGGCACCGGCAAUGCAGUUCAAGGCCAAGGCUUUGUAA